AUGUCAGUCACCGAUAAAUUCAUCCAGCAGAUCGAUGCCAACAAGGCGGGCUUGAUCAAGCGCUUGGCAGAUGCCGUCGCCAUCCCAUCCGUCUCUGGCGAUGCUCGCUACCGCCAAGACGUGUUCCGAAUGGCAGAUUGGCUGGUCAAGGAGCUCGAAGCUUUGGGCGCCAAGACGGAGCUGAAGCCUCUCGGCAAGCAAAAGCUCGACGGCAAGGAGAUCGAUCUGCCACCCGUCAUCUUUGCAGACUACGGCGCUGACCCAAAGAAGAAGACUAUUUUGGUGUACGGAGUGAGUGUCGCGUGUCUAUCUUUCAUAUGCCCAAGUCUCUCCCAAGCUGACUACGAAUCGAUGGUGCUUCCGCGCAGCAUUUCGAUGUGCAACCUGCGCUCAAGUCAGACGGCUGGAACACCGAGCCGUUCGAACUGGUUCACGAUGAAAAGACUGACCGUCUGUACGGCCGAGGCAGCACUGAUGACAAAGGCCCUGUCCUGGGCUGGAUCAACGUCAUCGAGGCGCACAAGCAGGCAGGGUGAGUGGGAUGGGAGGCUUGGAGGCCCACCUACAGGCUGCUUUGCUGAUCAAUUCAGGAGCCGCGCCCUCGCACAGCAUCGAGCUGCCAGUCAACCUCAAGUUCUGCCUCGAGGGUAUGGAAGAGUCCGGAUCAGAAGGCUUGGACGACCUGAUCGUCGCCGAGAAGGACAAGUUCUUUGCAGGUGUGGAUGCUGCGUGUAUCAGCGACAAGUGAGUUCUGCUUGUUUUAACAUCUCACCUUUUCUCCGCUGCUCAACCAAGCCCCUCAACUUCUCCCCUACUACCUCCUCACAGCUACUGGCUAGGCACGUGAGUUCUGUCAUCCCAUGCACGGUCUUUGUGCGCAUCGGCUCACAUCCAACCGCUUGCCGGCUCUUGACCAUAUUCCAGGAAGAAGCCUUGCCUCACUCACGGCCUGCGAGGCAUCAGCUACUUCAAGCUGUCAAUCAGCGGUCCUGGAUCAGACCUUCACUCUGGUAUUUUUGGAGGAAUUGUGCAUGAGCCUAUGACCGAUCUCUUCCACAUCAUGUCAUCUCUGGUGACACCCACGGGAGAGAUCUUGGUCCCUGGCAUCAAAGAGCUGGUUGACCCCUUGACGGACGAGGAGCGCAAGCGAUAUGAGGUCAUGGAGUUCGGCGUCAAGGACAUGAACGAAGCUACUGGCAGUGCGACUACAAUUAGUGACGAGAAGGAAGGCAUUCUUAUGGCGAGGAUGAGGUACCCCAGCUUGUCGUUGCACGGAGUGGAGGUGAGCGGUACGCCCUGGACAGCAGGAUGUUCGUGGACAUGCAACUCAGCUCCUAAACCCAUGCUACUCGCAGGGCGCGUUUUAUGAGGCUGGUACGAAGACCGUCAUUCCGGCGAAGGUUAUUGGCAAGUUCAGUGUCAGGUUGGUGCCCAGCAUGACUCCUGAUAAGGUUGCGGAGCUAGUCAUCAAGCAUGUUCAGUCUGAGUUCAAGAAGCGUGAGUCGCACACAUCAGCGCAGCCAAGAGGAGAGAUGGGGUCAUUAUGCUAACAGGUCGUCUGGAAUAGUCGGAUCCAAGAACACUAUGAACAUUGAACUCGCAAACGCAGGCAAGCCUUGGCUCGCGGAUCCGAACGUGAGUCACGAAACCUGACUUGGAAGCCACGACUUCCUGGCGGCUGACGUGCUCUGCCCAUCUUGCAGCACUGGAACUACGCCGCUGCAAUCAAGGCCACCGAGAAGGUGUAUGGCGUCAAGCCGGAUCUUACGCGUGAAGGUGGCUCCAUUCCCGUUGCACUGAGCUUCUCGGAAGUGCUCGGCAAGAACUUGCUCUUGUUGCCCCUGGGCAGAGCAGACGACGGUGCUCACUCGACCAACGAGAAGCUCGGUGAGUUGUUGUCAUCUCGAGCAAGGUCGACUAUCGCAGGCGCUUUGCUGAUGCAACGUUCCGGUUCUUCUCGCACCUAGAUUUGUCCAACUACGUCGAGGGCACGAAGCUGCUCGGCGUGUACCUGCACGAAAUUGCAGCGACCGCUUGA